AUAUUUAUAGUUGUUGGUAGACUUUUAUCAAAAAAGUUCAUUUAGCUUAUAAACUAAAAAAUAUCUCUAAACGUGAAAAAUGGUUCGAAUUAUGAUUCGAUUUCUGGGCCUGAUACUCAUCCUUUCGAUCUUCGUUAUUACGAGUAUUAAUAGUUUCAUCUAUCCUUAUCCCGCCGGAGCAGUUUUAGCGAAAAGCAAUCUUCCGCUUAUUCUAUCCUGGUUCGAUAUUUUGCUGACUGGAACUCAGUAUGUGCAUCUUGCUCAGGGAAGUGGCGCUAUGGUAUUUGCCUUUUCACUCUUUAUUCUUUUAGGUGUGGGUCGAACUUUCUUUUCCCUAAUGCUUGCAUUCCACACCAUGCUUAUGGCGAUUCUCUAUCACGUUGAUAUGAAGGACCCGAUUAUGACUUCGGAGAGCGAUCGAAUGCAGAUCAUACGAUAUCUAUCACAUACUGGUGCCCUUUUAUUUGUCGCUGCUAGCAGGCAAAGGUACAAAUACAUCUCGCGUUCCCCCAGUCCAGUAAUCGAAAGAUCCAAAAAGGAACGAUAAAGUUAUAGGAUUUCUAGUUGUCUUCAGAUAAAACUCCGAAAGCUCUAAAUACGUUAAACAAUCAGAGUAGAUAAAUAUAAUGUGCUUCCGUCUUUUGUAAUGAUACGGUUAUAGGUUAAUAUUAGACAAUGACAUAGACUGCCGCUGGUUAACAGGGAGGUUUUUUUUAUUAAUAAACUGUUUUGUUUUGUUUUAAAUGACUCAUUUUUCAUAAAUUACCAAUAUCAUACUCAUUUAGAGAACAUUUUUCAAUCUCGGCAAGG